AUGGAAAACAUUGGGUCAUAUUUAGCUUCAGAGCUUGUGAGAGGGAGCAAUCCAAUUGUAAAAUCCGAUGACUUCGCAUUCGGUGUCCUAUUGCUCGAGCUCAUUACCGGGCGACGAGCAAUGGAGGAUUCAAAAAUUAUAGAAGAAGAGAGUCUAAUCGACUGGGCUAAGCCUCUCCUAUCACGUGCAAUCGAGUAUGGCCACUAUGAAGGGCUUGUAGACCCAAAGUUACAAAAUGAGUAUGAAUUGCAACAGAUGGCCUUAAUUGUAGCAUGUGCAGAUCCAAUAAUUAAGCGUUCAUCAAUAUCUCGGCCAAGCAUUGAGCAGUGGGUUGACUAUGAAGCACCGAAUUCAUUUUUGGCUGAUGAUAGCUAUGAGUUGUACGACCAAGCGCAUGCCAAUCUCCCAAAAGACGUCUUGUGA